AAAUUGUUAGAGUGCUAAAUUUAUGGCAGAAGAAUAAUGUAUUCAAGAGUGAAAUUAUUCAGCCUCUCCUGGAUAUGGCAGCAGGAAUUCCUCCUCCAGUUGUGACUCCAGUCUUGCCCAGUACAACAGCUGCUAUGAGCAACAAUACACCAGGAACUCCUGUGACCCCUGUUACUCCAGCCAAUGUGGUACAAAGUUUACCUGAUCCUUGGGUGUCUCAAAUUGCUAAUACAGAUACACUUGCUGCUGUUGCACAAAUCUUACAAAGUCCCCAAGGCCAACAGCUUCAGCAGUUAAUACAGACACUGCAAAUACAACAACAGAAGCCACAGCCUUCACUACUUCAAGCGCUGGAUGCUGGUCUUGUCGUUCAGUUACAGGCCCUCACAGCACAACUUACAGCUGCAGCUGCUGCUGCCAACACACUUAAUCCACUGGAACAGAAUGUCUCUUUUAACAAGAAGCUGAUGGACAGGUUUGAUUUUGGGGAAGAGCCUGACCUCAGUGAAGAGCCUAAAAAGGAAACUCCCAAUUCCCAACUGCCUCUAGUAUCAGAGUCUGUGAACAACUCACUUUUUCAUCAGCUAGCUGAACAACUGCAACAACAAAAUUUAGAACAUCUCCGACAGCAGCUCCUGGAGCAACAGCAGCCUCAAAAGGCAAGCCCUGAGGAAAAUCAAGAAGGAAAUUUUGGAUCAGAGCACUCUGCAUCACCAUCACAAGGGAGUAGCCAACAGCAGUUUUUAGAAGUGGAAACAAACCUAGAUGAUUCAAUGGAUAUUCAACAACAGGACAUGGAUAUAGAUGAAGGGCAAGAUGUAGUUGAGGAAGAGAUCUUUGAACAAGAAGAAAAGAAAUCAGCUGUUCGUUCAAGAUCAAGAACACACUCAAGAUCUCGUUCAAGGUCACCAAGAAAACGGAGGUCUAGGUCACGGUCUGGUUCCCGAAAACGUAAACACAGAAAACGUUCACGCUCAAGAUCAAGAGAAAGGAAGCGAAAGUCAUCUCGGUCAUACUCCAGUGAAAGAAGAGCUAGGGAAAGGGAAAAAGAACGCCAAAAAAAGGGAUUGCCUCCUAUCCGGUCUAAAACACUAAGUGUCUGCAGUACUACUCUUUGGGUUGGUCAAGUAGACAAGAAGGCCACACAGCAAGAUUUAACUAAUUUGUUCGAAGAAUUUGGACAAAUAGAAUCUAUUAACAUGAUUCCUCCAAGAGGUUGUGCAUAUGUCUGCAUGGUUCACAGACAAGAUGCAUAUCGUGCUCUUCAGAAACUUAGUUCUGGAUCCUACAAAAUUGGAUCUAAAAUUAUUAAGAUUGCUUGGGCUUUAAAUAAAGGUGUGAAAACAGAGUACAAGCAGUUUUGGGAUGUGGAUCUUGGAGUUUCAUAUAUACCUUGGGAAAAAGUAAAAUUGGAUGAUUUGGAUGGCUUUGCUGAAGGAGGCAUGAUCGACCAGGAGACUGUAAAUACAGAAUGGGAAACUGUGAGGAGCUCAGAGGCUGUUAAAGAAAAUAUCCAAACUACUCAGAGUACAACUGUCGAUAAGAAUACAGCUGUUACAACACAGACAGAAGCUUAUACUCAAUCUGUAACUAUGCUACAGAUUCCGGUAGCUCCAGCUGUGCCUGCUGUUAGUUUAGUUCCACCAUCAUUUCCUGUCACAAUGUCUGUCCCACCUCCUGGGUAUAGUUCAAUUCCACCACCUCCCUUCUUGCGGGCAAGUUUCAACCCUUCACAACCACCUCCUGGUUUUAUGCCUCCCCCGGUUCCACCAGUCCCACCGCCUGUUGUUCCACCGCCUGUUGUUCCACAAGUAGUCCCAACAUCUCUAGUGCAGCCUCCUCUAUCCAUUACUCAAGAGACAAUGAAAGAUGUUCCUUUUGGUAGCCUUGUUUUACCAGUUGGCACUGUUUCUAGCAGUCUAGCCACUCCAACAUUAUCAGCAGGAAGUGUUUUUAACCCUCUUCCAAGCAACAAACCAGAGUCAGAAGAAAAAGGAUCACAUCUUGCAGACGUUCAGAUUUCUUCCAGUGAAAACAACAGAUCUGUUCAAAAUGAUGUCUCAAGCAGCUCUGGACUUGCGGGUGGAGUGCAGCCACCCGGUGUCUCAAGCAGCUCCGGACGUGCGGGAGGAGUGCAGCCACCUGGUGUCUCAAGCAGCUCCGGACGUGCAGGAGGAGUGCAGCCACCUGGUGUCUCAAGCAGCUCCACACUUGCAGGAGGAGUGCAGCCACCCAGUGUCUCAAGCAGCUCCGCACUUGCAGGAGGAGUGCACCCACCCGGUGUCUCAAGUAGCUCCGCACUUGCGGGAGGAGUGCAGCCACCUGGUGUCUCAAGCAGCUCUGGACUUUUGGUGGGAGUGCCGCCACCAAAUGUCUCAAGCAGCUGCGGACUUAUGGCGGGAGUGCCGCCACCGAACGUCUCAAGCAGCUCUGGACUUAUGGCGGGAGUGCCGCCACCGAACGUCUCAAGCAGCUCUGGACUUAUGGCGGGAGUGCCGCCACCGAACGUCUCAAGCAGCUCUGGACUUUUGGCGGGAGUGCCGCCACCGAAUGUCUCAAGCAGCUCUGGACUUUUGGCGGGAGUGCCACCACCCAAUGUCUCAAGCAGCUCUGGGCUUCUAAUAGUGCCACCACCCAAUGUCUCAAGUAGUUCUGGACUUCUGGGGAUGCAGCAUCCAGCAGGGAUUCAAAACAUACCCCAUUUAAAUAUUAGUAGUCAAAGGAUGCCUGGAAUGCCUCUCUUAGAUCUCCGUCCAGGACUAAUACCCCAGUCACCUGGACCAAGAUUUCCAUUAAUGCAGCCUGGAAUGCCACCACAGCGUAAUAUCCCUCCUCCAACAAUCCUUGACCCAUCCCUUCAUCCACCACCUAGAGGUCCUUUUCCUCCUCCAGGAGAUCUUUUUAACCAAACAGAGAGACAUUUUGGAACACCUGGAAGACAAAAUGUUGAUAGCAUUUCUAAUCCAGAAAAAAGGUUACCACUUGGCGGUGAUAGCAUUCAACAGGAAGGAGACCGAGACUAUCGCUUUCCACCAAUGGAAAACAGAGAGACUCUUAAUAGGCCAUCUCCAGUCGAUGUCAGGGAUUCUAUUGGACGGCCACCAGUAGAUCCAAGAGAGGGUCUUGGAAGACCUCCAAUAGAUGGAAGAGAACAUUUUGCAAGACCACAUAUAGAUAUGAGAGAGAAUUUUGGAAGACCAGGUGUGGAUAAUAUUGGUCGAAGAGAGCAUUUUGGUUUCAAUUCAGAAAAGCACUGGGGACAGAGAGGAGAUUAUGAUGAAAGAGAACACAAUGUUUUCCCUAUCUAUGGUGGUCCUAAAAGCUUCCAUGAAGAUAGAGAGAGAUUUCGGCAUGUAAAUUACAGAUUUGAUACUAGAAGUGGUCCCAACUGGAACAGGGGAUUUGAACAAGAUGCUCACAGAGAUUUUGAUGACCGUAGAAGACCCUGGGAAAGACAGAGGGAUAGGGAUGACAGAGAUUUUAAUUUUUGCAGAGAAAUAAAUGGAAACAGAUUUGGAAGAGACAGAAUGCAGAACAACUGGAUCCCUCCUCCACAUCCAAGGGUUUUUGAAUAUUUUGAAGGGGCCACUUCACAGCGCAAAGCUGAUAAUAUACCCCAGGUAAAUGGUGAAAAUACAGAGACAGAAAGUCAGCCACCAAAUGUGCAAGUGCAGAAUGAUCCAGAACUUUAUGAAAAACUAGCAUCUUCAAGUGAGAUAAACAAAGAGAAGAGUGACACAGAAGCUGAUAUAGAAAGUGAACCAGUGGUAGAAAGCACAGAAACUGAGGGGACAUAAUCAUCACUCAGUAGGCAAGAUGAUGGAGGAAGUUCUGGCAGCUUACCAUGUCCCGGGCCCUGGAGAGUUAAAUGAGAAGUGCUUCAAUGUUCUAAUGUGCAUCACAUCGGAUCUUGUUUCUGAAGUGUUAGAAGGAACCCAGCAUUACAUGUUGUGCACCAGCACACUGUUUCUGAUAGAACCCAGGGAUGGCAAAUUUAUAUACCAGUAUUACCUGUCUGGAGCAGGUUUAAUUUUAUAAAUUAAAACCAUAAACUCUAUGAGUUUCUAGAUGUUAUUUAUGCUUUUGAGGAUGAACUCCUCAGAUGAAGAGACAGGCUCUUCUGCAGGACCAGAAGAUCACAUUGGACUGUAAAUUGUAACUAACUCCAUUUGUAGCAUAGGAAUUGAAGGACAGGUUACAAGAAGAUCCUUCAGGGUGUGAGAGUUGUUUUGCUUUGAGCUUCAAAUUUAAAGUCAAGGUUUUUUUAGCAGUAACCACUUUUACUUAACACUACAUGUGCAGUCUUUGUGCAGCUCUCGACUGGUAACUAUACCCCAGAGAUGUUGGAUUCCUGAACAUACUUAGGUUUGUGAUGAACUUUUAAAUUGUCAAAGUUCCAUGAAAAUUAGAAAGGGAAAGUUCUAGGGCCAAUAUUUGACGAGACCUGUCCUGUCAUUUCCUUUUAGUGUCCGAAGGGGUUGGAAAAAGGGCAAGAAGUGGUAAUGAAAUACAAAAUUACAUUGUACUCAUUUUUGAUAAAUGCACUUACCAGAAAAGUGCUUUCUGUCUCAUAAUCAAAGGGAAGGGGUACACUUGCCCUCUCUAAGCCCUCAAAUGAAAGGUCUGCAUUUAGGGUCAGACAUGUUGAUUUAGUCUGCUAACUAGCUAUAGAAAAGAAGAAACAUGUAUAUGCCCCACUGUAUGUGAAAAGGACAUUUUGUCAUUCCUCUAUUUAUUUUUGCUCUAUCAAAAUUAAAGUGCCAGUUAUUUGGAAUGCUGUAUUCUGUGGUCUCUUGGAAUUUGAUUAGUGAGAACCGUUUGGCAAGAUCAUUCCCAUUAUGGUGUAACUGCAUGGUGACCACAGCUAUGGACCUGUAUA